GACGUUGGUUGAGACAAGAUGGCCGCACGGAGGAAGCAUGUAAAAGAAUUUUAUCAUAUUGAGAGGGAUGCUUCCAAAAUACCGGAUUUGCUGAUGUCAGGUGAGGUUUCUGACUUACAGCUCUCAGAAAACGAUGAAAGUGGCCCUGAUGAUGCAGAAUCUAUUCCACAAUGCACUAGACCUGGUGCUGAUGUAGUCACAAACUACGAAGAGGAACAACUGGAGGACGAUAGUUGCAGCACAGAAGAAGAUGACCAAAAUCAUACUUAUGCACAGGACUCAAAUGUUGAAGACUCUAUUAUUCCAUCUGAGUGGGUGUUUACUGAAAAAAGUGAUAUUAGAUGGAGAAGAAAAUCGCCUACACUCCAAAGCACACCUAUAGGUGAAGACCAGUAUUCAGUGCAGCCAUCAGAGUGUGAUAUGACACCCAUUGAAUAUUUUUCAGAGUACAUUUCUCAUGCUUGCUUAGAAAAUAUGGUUGAAAAAACCAACAUGUAUGCAUUGCAACAUGGGAAAACAUUUACACCGACAAAUGUAACGGAAAUAAAGGCUUUCCUAGGACUUCAUAUAAUUAUGGGAUGCUUGAAAUACCCCAGAGUUAGAAUGUAUUGGGAUUCAGCAUUGCAUUUAGAUCUCAUGUGGAAAGUAUGUCAAGAGAGAGAUUUUUCCAACUGGGAUCAAAUUUCCAUGUAGUUGACAAUUUGGCAAGGCCAGAAAAUUGCAAAGACAAAUUUUACAAAGUGAGACCCAUUUAUGAUUGUAUUAGAUGUAGAUGUUUAGAACUACAGAUUGAGGAAGAAUUAUGUGUUGACGAGCAAAUGAUUCCUUUCAGAGGUCAUUUAGGAGUAAAGCAGUAUUGUAAGGGAAAGCCUAAACCUUGGGGUACAAAACUUAU